AUGUCAGACCUUCCCUCCGCCAUCCACCCCGACAUUCUUCCCCGCCUCGACCCUAAAUAUGUCGCGUUCCAUAAUACCCAUCUAGUGCACCGCGUGCUCCCAUGCACGAUCCUCUGGCAUCCGGAUAUCAGGAAGGCGCUCGACAUCCCAGGUGAUUCGCCUGUUAUGACAGUCGGGGCUGUCAAAGAUAUCAAUAACAACUGCAUUUCGGUGGCUCUGGACUAUCGCUUGGCUCCUGAGAACCCAUAUCCUGCAGCGGUCGAGGACACGGUUGAUGCGUUGAAAUUCAUUUACUACAACGGGAAGGCAGAGUUCAAUGCGAACGUGAACAAAAUCGCGGUUGGAGGGUCAUCCAGUGGCGGCAAUUUAGCUGCAAUCACAUGUCUCAAGGCGCAAGAACUCACGCCUCCCAUCCCCAUCAUCUUCCAGCUAUUGAUUGUGCUGGUAACAGAAUAUCUAGUUCACGAAGACAAUAAAACUGAAUCCUUUUUGAAAAUGUUCCUCUUGAAACGGUUGACAUCAUAG